AUGCCACCAGCCCGGCCCAAGCCAAGCGACGUCGCUGCCGAAACGAAGAAGAACGAGAUUCCUGCAAUCAAGUCGCAAUACUCACAUGUAUGGCCGUGCCAUUCAUAUCUCUGGCACUCGCCAGCUACCCAGAUUCAACUACAGCGGGAGCUCAACCAAAGCCUACUGCCGCCGUCGUUCUCUGUUCAUCAUGCCGAUCCAGUGGAUUUCGCUAUUGAAUGGGAAAGGAGCCAUAAGGCAGCAGGGAACGAGACCCGUGUACCCUUUAUUUGCGCAGCAAAUGACAGAAGACCAGGUGGUGAUUGGGAGACUGGUGUUAUUGGCUACGAAGAACGAUUGUGCCGUCGCAGCAACUUGUCGGCCACUCUUGCUACGCCAGGACCCGGCUCGACAGUCGCGUCAAACUAUCCAAUCCCCAGCGAGGGCGGGAUCUACUCUCAGUUUGUCGUUGUGUUCCGUGGGCCCCACGAUGCUUACGAGAAGCUGCCGCAAUGGGCCAGCCUGCCAGUCAUUUCUAUUCCUGCCGCACGCUGGCCAAAGCUUAGUCACGGAGGGACCAAGUAUGCCUUUCCACUGGAGAGGGAAAUGGUGAUGAAUAAGAUUCGCGCCGGCCUGCUCAUCUGUGCAGGCCAAGGCUUCAGCCAGGUGGUGAUUAUGGACUUUGGCCUGGGCAACAGCAACCGCAAUCCACCGCAGGAAAUUGCCGAGAUGUGGAGGGAGGUCUUCAUGUGGGACCCCGAAAUACGUGGCCACUUCUCGCACGUGGCAUUCGUCUUUGAAGACCCUUACCAGAGCACGACAAAGCUCAUUCUGGACGACAUUGCUAAGAAGAGCAAAGGUGGAUCUAGUUCCAAGAAGUCGAAAUCCUCAUCUAGCUCCAGCUCCAGCUCCAGCACGCACUCGUCGCCUAGCGACUACGAUAUCUUUGCAAACGUCUUCUGCUCGCAAGCAAUUCAACAAGAAGUGGCUCGCAUCGAUCCUCGCUUCUCUCUCUCAACACUUACAUCUUGA